AUGGGUAUCACCGACUUCUUCAGCACCGUCUACGACGGCGUCUCGACGGCCUUCUCCUCCACCGAGCUGUACGCCGAAGCUCCCACCGGCGGCGUCGACAGCAAGUCCCCGGCCAGUGGCACAGACGAGGAAGGCGAGGAGGAGAGCGAGGCCAACAAGGCUGACGAGGAGAAGGCCAAGGCUCGCACCGCCGACGAUGACGAGCCUGAGCAGGCUGACGGAAAGAGCGGUGACGACGAGGAGAGUGAAGAAGGUGGUGAGGAUGGCGGCGAGGACGAGGCAGAAGAAGAAGAGGAAGAGGAAGAGGAGGAAGACGAGCCAGAGGACCCCAUGCCCAAGAUCACAGAGCAAUGUGCCGAGUCAAAGGAGUGCGCCCCGGCAAAACACCACUUCGACGAGUGCGCCGAGCGCGUUCAGGGCAAGAUUGAGGCCGACGGCAAGUCUGACGAGGACUGCGUCGAAGAAUUCUUCCACCUUGCCCAUUGCGCAUCACAGUGUGCUGCUCCCAAGCUGUUCAGACAGCUAAAGUAA